AUGGACGACGCGUAUGAUUUUGUAGUCGUGGGCGCUGGGGCUUCGGGCGCGGUGCUGGCUUCGCGGCUUGCACGUACCCCAGCAGCCCCCUCAGUCUUGAUGGUUGAGGCAGGAGGUAAGAAUGCUGACGCUGCAUAUCAGAGCGGAGCGGAGCGCUUCGAAGCGGCGUUCGCGGAGGGGUCGCCGAUGAAUUGGUUCUACAAAACUACUCCGCAAACGCAGUUGGCUGGGCAAGAGAUUGAUUACUCGAGAGGGAAGGGGUUGGGUGGAAGUACGGCGAUUAACUUUUGUGGGUGGACGGUGGGGUCGCGAGAAGACUAUGAUGAGUGGGCGAAUGUUGUGGGCAAUGAGCGCUUUGCGUGGAAAAAUGUGAAGAGGGUCUUGAAGAGGAUAUCGAAUCUCGACCCUAGGAUACCGGAUGAACGAUUGAAGAAUGUCGUCAAAGCCAAUGUCGAGGAUCAUAGUACGAAAGGAAACGUGACUCUCACCUAUGGCGAGGAGUGGAUGUCAGAUAUUGGAGACGUCUUUACUGCCGCAGAGCAAGUUGGCCAUCGAAUCAAUCAGGAUGUUAACGACGGCGAUCCGAUUGGGAUGGGGAUGGGUAGUGUGUGUAUUGCGAAUGGUGUUCGAGCAACAUCUACAAGUGCAUAUCUAUCUCAACCCCCACCUAACCUCAAGGUCUUAGUAGAUGCUCCAGUUGCCCGAGUACUUUUCGACCAGAAACGAGCAAUCGGAGUAGAAACAAUUGAUGGACGACGACUGCUUGCACGAAAAGAAGUCCUACUCUCUGGAGGCGCAUUGAGUACGCCACAGAUCCUCAAGCUCUCUGGCAUCGGUCCCGCAGAUGAGUUGAAGAAGCACAACAUCACACUAGUUCACGAACUGCCCAGGGUUGGAGAGAAUCUACAAGAUCACUGCUUUUCCACUGUUGGAAUUGUCCUAGAGAAAGACACAACACUCUCUCCCAGCCCCGAGAGCCAAAGCCCAACACCAAUGGGAUGGUUCAAACUCCCCAGCGUCGAAGUAUCACCAGAAUUCCGCCAACUUCCUCAACGAGUAAAACAGCACAUGAUCAAGCCAACCGUACCAGCGAUGGAAGUAGCAACCCACUCCCCACCAUCCUUCCUAGCCUACACGCCCUCCCCCUCUGAAAACUACUUUGGCGCCAUCUGCCUAACCAUGAACCCCCAAUCCAAAGGCACAGUCACCCUGCAAUCCUCCAACCCCACCACCCCACCGCUAAUAAACCCAAAUUUCCUCACCCACCCCUUCGACCGGCGAGUGCUCGUUGACGGCCUGCGAGAAGUCAUGCGCCUCCAACGCGCCCCCAUCUUCGCCUCGCGCACACUCAAAACCCUAGGCCCUGCUGACGAUUCUGACGAGGCUAUUUGGUCGCACAUCAAGAACAAUGUGAUGAGCUCGUGGCACAUGAGUUGUACGUGUGCGAUGGGGAAGGAAGAGGGGGAUGCGGUGGUGAAUAGUGAGUUCAGAGUGUUUGGGACGGAGGGACUAAGGGUAGUAGAUUUGAGUGUGUGUCCGUUUGUGAUGAAUGCGCAUACGCAGAGUGUGGCGUAUGUGGUGGGGGAGAUUGGGGCGGAGGUUUUGGCGGAGGAGUGGGGGCUGGGAGAGGUGUGGGUUGGAGAGGAGAGGGAGAGAAGAAAGAGGAGGUUGUGA